GGAAACACUGCAUCUUACUCACUUUUUACCACGCACAGGAACAGGCCCAUUUGUCUAUACUUUUUACGCCUUACAGUUCCUCAAGUCAUCCCGCGCUCCAAGAGAAAUACCGAGAACCUACGACAUCAAAGCUCGAGUCCACAUUCCAAUCUUAGAAUGUCUGCCAAGGGAUGCACGAUUGGAGCUCAUAUAUAAAACUCCCUUUUGCGAGCCACAUUCCAAACUCCCAGCUUGCAAGCUUCCGGGGAUAAUGGAAGUUGAGGACGUUGUCGGCUCGGUGGUGGACAGCCUAGUCGUUGACGCGUCGAGAUCAGCAGCUUCGGUCGACGCGGGACCAGGAGAGCCGUCGUUGCAAAGUUUUUCUGACGGCGAUGCUGACGAUACACCCGAGGAUGUCGCCCCGAUAUACCCAAUUGCCAAACGCAUCAUUGGGGCUGUCGAGGUGCCCAUGAUUGUAAUGAACCUCGACCGGGCGGAAAAGGCCUUUGGCAAUAUCUCCACCUUUGGCAACGUCCUCGAUUUGGAUCGGCUCUCCAUCCCGUUCUACCUCAACCCAGAAAGUCCCUUCCGGAGACCUAUACUCUCCCACCAGGCUGCAACCCACAACAUUGUGCUCAAGGUCACGGUGCCGAAGCGCACGGGCAGGAAGCGGAAGAAGGGCUCGAACGGGCCCUUUGAGGGCGAUGUCGAGGCGCCGAAUCCGGAUGCACCUGCGCCUCCACAGCGAGGACACAAUGUGUGCUCCAAGUCGAGACUCGACAACCCCCGGGUUCUCAGGCGGAAGUUGCAGGACAAUGUCGACAACUAUCGGGUCGAGGCUGUCGGAGUCGUGAAGGGCACUCACCGCUUUCGAUCCUUGGCCGAUUAUCAAUGGGAUAUGGACCAGUCCCCAUUUAUCACGAGAUUCAGGGAACAGGUCUUGUCAGGAGAUAUCACCAAGAUGCGGGAAUUCAGGUUUCGAGAGGGAACGGAUUUUGGGCCCAACGUCGAUCUGAUCCCGCCGCCGGCAUGGACACCAACGGUGAGCCUCCCGUUCAACUACGGCUAUGCGCAGAACCCCUACGUACGGCCCGAGCUAGAUCACACGGGCAAGGAGACGCUUGUCAACACCCAAAUGCCCACCCUGGUCGGCUACUUUCUCAGCGCCGACCAGUAUCCCAUCCCGGAAGCGCCCCAGUUCGAGUACGACGGGGACGACGAGGACGUGAGGGCCUGCAUUGCCACGGCUCGCAAGCUGAUGGAGGAACGGCCCAUCUGGACGCGGCGGUCCCUGCUCAACGCGCUCGGGGACCGGGUGCGGAACGCCCACAUCAUGAAGCGCUGCACGGGAUUCGUGGGGUACCAGUUUCGCGGGGGGCCGUUCCGCGACGCCGUCAUCAAGUAUGGCUUCGACCCUCGCAGCGACCCUUCGUGCCGCAAGUACCAGACGCUCCUCUUCAACCUGCGUAAGCUGAGGCCCGGGUACGCGGGGGAGACGUGGCACGGCCUGCGGAGCAUGAGGGCGGACCAGAGGCAGCCCAUGGGGGAGAACUUCAUGAGCCACAUCUUCGACGGCAAGUCGUUCUGGACCGACAGCAAGAUCUGGCAGAUCUGCGACAUCACGGACCCGGUGGUGGUCAGGAUCGUGGAGCAGGCGCCGGUGCGGUCGACGUGCGACUUUCUGGGGAGCGGCUGGUUCCACACCACGACGUGGGCCAAGCUCAAAGCGGUGAUGAAGACCAAGAUGAUGGCGAUCCAGUUCGGGCGCAAGCUGGCGGACGAGGAUUUCGCCGAGAUCGUCCAAGUCAGGGACAAGACGCCCGAGCCGGGGGCCGGGGCCACGAGGUUGCCGGUGCCGGAUCUCAAGCUCACCGAGGACGAGAUGCGCGUCAUGUACGGCAAGAACUGGAAGGUGCCCAAGAAGAAGAAGAAGGGCGGGUUCGACUACCGGGUCAAGGGCGUCAAGGCGGACAGCGUGGCGGCAGCUGACACGGAGGAUGCGAGCGAGUCGAUGGAGGGGUCGGAGACGCCUCGAAGUUCGAACCCCAACCGGUAUAUGCCUGUCCAGGCCGAUCUCCGCCCACUCGGCAGAGGGGAUGGCGCCCGGAAUGGGGGCCAACAGGCCAGUGGGCCUCGUUUUUUUAUGGGAUCCGACAAGGCCGGUCUGGAAGGGAUAGACGAGGGAAUCGAUGAAGCGGACGACGACGACGACGACGACGACGACGACGACGACGAAGCUGUGGAUGAAGAAGAGGCGGACAUCAUGGCACAGAUAUCUGGAUUGGGAGACAAGACUCUUGGGUCCUUUCAUCGGCUGUUCGGUGAACCUGAUGCAAGUGCUGGGAACGAUCUUUCUGUUGCCGAAGUAGCUGGGGGCGAAUAUGAGGAGUACGACGAGGAUGAAGGGGGUGACGAGGUCGAAUAUUACGACGAGGAUGCUCAGCACGAGAGAGAGAACGGAGAGGGUUAUGGCGACGAGGACGGGGAAUACUACGAAGACGGAGAGGGGGAGUACGGUGAGGCCGCCGAUGUGAAGACGAGAUCACGAGGGAUACUAGGUAUUCGGAGACCAGGCGAUGUUUGCCUGGGGCGUGACUAGAACGAUGACGAUGGAUCAUAGGAGUCAAGGAUAGGACCACAGGCCGACCAUAACGCCAAAGCUGCCCACGCUGACCAGCUCCAUGUCGGUGCCGACAUGGACGCCCGGCGAAGUUAUACCCGAUGGCAAGUACGACCGCGAAGACGAACACCGCAUCUCAUUCUCACCCAGCCUAGAUAUCACGGGGCGGUAUUUGUGAGCGUUUUAAUGGGUCGUCGGUGGUUUCUGCAGAGAGAUCAGCCUUUCUGCCGGCUGAUAUAUAUCUAUAAGUCAGACCAUGAACAAUGAUUUCUCUAUGCCCC